GCGUUGCUCAUCUUCCUCCCUCAUUUUUCCCCACCCGUUUCCCCCCUCUCUCUCCUCCGCCCAGGGGGCUUCCGGUGUCGAGUUCGGUGGCGAUUUCGCUCGGCGGGGCGUGGGGCGCCGCUGCGUCGGUCCAGGAAUAGGACGCGAGAGGCGCGCGUCGCAGGAUUUACCGAGCGGCCGCGUGGUUGGCGUCGGGUUUCUCCGCGGCGACGAUGUGGAGCGCAUCGCUGAUAUCCUGAAUUCAAAUGAGGACGAACCAGCAGGGGGAGCCCGUGAAGAAGAUAAAUCUGCAGAUUGAAUUCCUCGACAAAAUAGACGAAAUCAACCGGUGCCCGGUGGUCCAAAUCCCGCCAGCUGAAAUUGCAGUAGCAGCUGUCCGAGAGGCUGAUAACGUGGUGCAGGUGCCAGUUAACGCCGAGGUUCAAGGUAGGCGUCCCAGGGGCACAGGGCAAGAGGAACCUGCAGUGGGGGGCCCUGGCAAUCCUGUGCACAUGUUGUACAUAACAAUGCGAAGCAGUAGGACUAACACUACAGGGAGACUGAAGAUCUUUUUCUCACCCACAUGUACAGGAGUUGGGCAAGUUUCACGACGCGACACUGCAGCAUCACCAAGGAUCUGAUGUGUGUUUUUGCUUUUUUUUUCCGAAGUUGUUGAAUCGUGUUUUUGUGCUCUGUGUGAGAUACCAGAUACCAAAACUAACCUAGUACCUAGGCUGCAGUACCACGUUCUAAAAACUAGUCUAAUUCUCAUGUUUUUUCUUCUCCAUGGAUUGAGUUAUUUUAUACUUGCAGCAUGACCAGCUAAUUGCCUGACCAGUUAUUCAAUACUGGUUUCUAA